AUGUCUUCGCUCAUCAAGGCUGCUCUUUGCGCUGCCUCCCUGGCGUCACUGUCCGAUGCGGCCCCUGCAAACCUGAAGUCAACCGUGCAGUCUCGUUGGGAAGAGUGCCCAACCGGCACAUGGUACUCCCAGUGUGGUCAAAUCGCUGGCUGCUUCGACUAUGACCCUUGCAUCAACCCACCCCAAUCGUCAACCGUGCAGGCUCGCUGGGAAGAGUGUCCGACAGGCACGCGGUACUCAGCGUGCGGCGGCACCAAGGGAUGCUUCAACUACGACCCGUGUGUCAACCCAUCCCAACCAGCACCGCCGCAACCACCGCCGACAACCCUGCCCGCCUGCUCGACCGACCCCGUGAACCCAAACCGGAUCCUGCCAACCACCUACUGGCCAAUCAACCCCAACUCCCCGGACCAGACCUACGGCGCCGAGCCCGCCGUCCACGUCAAGAACGACACCAGCGCCGCCGACGGCGUGGUCCAGCAGCAGGUCCUGGUCUUCGAGGGCGUCGACGCCGCUGCCAAGAAGUGCAGCGUCGGGUGGUUCCUCAAGAUGCAGGAGGACACGAUCUUCGAGGUCGAGGGCGGCGGGUACGUGCGCAUCACGCAGCUGGACGGGCUCGCCCGGGGCCAGGCGCCGGCCUACAGCUCGGCGGCCGCGGCCGAGAGGGCGGAUGCGGCGACGACGAUGCCGGCCAUGGGCGGGUGGGACGACAAGACUGCAUAUAUGGGCAUGACGUCCGGGAUGAUGCAGGAGGUGGCGUGCUCGGAUGUCUUGGCCUUCCGGGCGUACUUGGACCCGGUUAACGACGGCGAGGUGUACAUGGAGCCGAGUGACAGUGUUGGUAUUGCUGUUACUUACACUUGCUAA